AACGUUGGCACAAAAAUUUUUUAAGCGGCACGGAAUGUAAAAAAAGAGAGAUAAUAGAUGACUGAUAAUGAUAAUCCGACGAGUAGAGAAUCGGACCCUAUCAUUCACCCUCGAAGGGAGCUAUCCGAGCACGGUCUUCUUCCUAUACCUAAGCUCAUUUUCUCAGAUGGAAAUCAAACCCUAACCUAUAUCAAUGACAAGUUUCUUAAUCUCUCAGCUAGUUCGUCAACUCACCAGGACUCCUUCUCUCAUUCGAUUGCCAUCUCCGAAACUCUCCAGAUCUCGCUUGAUCAUGCGCGACUCCUUCUGGACACGCUUGCUUCAGUCCUUCACUGCGAUUCUGAUCCCUUAGUAACCGCAGAUUCAGCAGAGGUUGAUGGAGGCUCACGAAGAUCUAGCUACAUAUACGACGAACGGAAACCCAUAAGUUUGUUCUUCUGUCGAUUCGGCUUGAGAUUGAGAUCGAGAUCUACGCAUUCAUUGAAACGGGGGCGGAUUUGUCUGUUAAAGUUAUAUCAUUUCUAG